AUGGAUGGUGAUCCUGCUUCGGCUGGUGAUCCUGGUUUUACACCAAGUGGAAGUGGAAAGGAUGAGUCAAUUAACUUUGAUGAUCCUCUCUACAUUCACCCAUCUGAUAAUGCUAUUACAUCUAUAGUUACUACGAAGUUAACCGGUAAUGAAAAUUUUAUGUUAUGGAAGAGUUCUAUUUCUAGAGCUCUCAAAGCUAGGAAUAAACUAGGUUUUAUUGAUGGUUCUCUUAAGAAAACUAGUGUUGAUGAGUCAAAACAAUCCAAGUGGGAUAGGGCUAAUGUUGUUGUUUGUUCCUGGCUUUUAUAUUUUAUUUCUGAUUCUAUAUACCAAAGUCAAGCUUACUCUGAGAUUAAUACUCUUAAACAAAAUGGAAUUUCUUUAUCUGACUAUUUUUAUAAACUUGAUUCCUUAUGGAAGGAAUUUGAUGGUCUUACCAGCUUGACUGAGUGCACUUGUGAGGCUUCUGUCAAAUUAAAGGAUCAUUCUAAUCUCAUGAAACUUAUGCAGUUUUUAUCUGGACUUGAUGAAUCUUAUAGUCAUGUAAAGAGUCAUAUUUUACUAAUGGAACCUUUGCCUAAUGUUAAAACUGCAUUUUCUAUUCUCUCAAGAGAAGAAUCUAUUCAAAGAAAUGGAUCCUUAUCUUCUCUUCAGUCUUCACAGUCUUUGUCUAAGUCUCAGUCUACUGCUUUUAAUAGCAGGUUUAAUAAUAGAUCUGGUUUCAAUAACUCUAAUAAAAAUAAAACACAACAUGUUCAGUGUAAAAAUUGUGAAAUUAAGGGUCACUCUAUAGACAAAUGUUAUAAGCUUACUGGGUAUCCUAAGGAUUUUAAACCAAGGAAUAAGGCUAAUAAUCACUCUAAUAAUCAGAAUGGUUUCAAUAAAAAAAUUUCUGCCAAUUCCUCUACUACUACCUCAGGGAGUGUUAUUCCUUCUAGUGCUUCUGGUUCUAGUGGGGAAUCAGAAUUUCAUCAGCUCAUUAAGGAACAAUAUUUCAAAUUCUUACAACUUAUUGGUGACAGACAGCUUAAUGAGGAAGCAUCUGCCAGUGCUAAUAUGGCAGGUGCAUGUUUGUUUCAAGCUUUUAAUUCAUUUGUUAGUUCUCAUAAAUGGAUUGUUGACUCUGGAGCAAAUCAACAUAUGAUAGCUUCUGAGUCUUCUCUUCAUGACAUUGUGGAUGUGUCUAAACUAGAUAUACUUGUUAGUCAUCCUAAUGGAACCUCGGCUAAAAUUGAAAAAAUUGGCAAUGUGAAUGUAUCUGAUUCUUUGACUCUUUUUGAUGUUUUUGUUGUUCCUGAUUUCAAUGUUAACUUGUUAUCUGUUCAUAAGAUUUGUAAAGAUAGUAAUUGUGAGGUUGUUUUUAAUGAACAUAAUUGUAAAAUUCAAGGUUUACAAUCAAAGGAGAUGGUGGGGAAUGGUAGAGAAUCAGGGGGUCUCUAUUACAUCAAUAGUGUACCUUCAGUUAGGUCAGGACGUACAAUUCAUAUGCCUUCUAGAUUUAGUGAUUAUGUUGUGGAAGGGAGACAUAAAUAUGGUAUAGAGAGAUCUGUUAAUUACUCAGCUUUAAAUUCUUAA